AGAAGAGGUCGCGCCCCAUCAGUUCCAGGCUAAUAGCCAACCUUUAAGAGGAGAUACAGCUGCCCAGCGCGCUCUGCACUGCGUAAAGACAACAUGCUACGGACACUGUGUCGGAGUGGAGGUGCUCUUUUAAAGAAUUCCCAGAGGAAUGUUCCCCGGCUGUGGGUAACUCCAGCACAGCAGCGAUGGGCCUCAAGCUUGCCCAUGAACACUGUGGUCCUGUUUGUGCCACAGCAAGAAGCCUGGGUGAUUGAGAGGAUGGGUCGCUUUCAUCGGAUCUUAGAGCCGGGAUUGAACUUCCUGAUUCCUAUAUUUGACCGAAUUCGUUACGUGCAGAGUCUCAAAGAGAUUGUAAUUGAUAUCCCAGAACAGUCAGCAGUUUCUCUAGAUAAUGUUACACUGCAGAUUGAUGGAGUCCUUUUCCUAAGGAUCUUGGAUCCUUUUAAGGCUAGUUAUGGUGUGGAGGAUCCAGAGUAUGCAGUAACACAGCUGGCACAGACCACGAUGCGUUCAGAGUUGGGCAAACUCACACUGGACAAAGUCUUCAGGGAAAGGGAAUCCCUAAAUUCCAACAUAGUUGACUCCAUCAACCAAGCAUCCGACGAGUGGGGGAUCCGCUGCCUGCGUUAUGAAAUCAAAGAUAUUCAAGUUCCACCUCGUGUCAAAGAAUCUAUGCAAAUGCAGGUGGAGGCCGAGCGCAAGAAGAGAGCUACAGUGCUGGAGUCUGAGGGAGCAAGGGAAGCAGCCAUCAAUGUUGCUGAGGGUUGUAAGCAAUCUCAGAUCUUGGCCUCUGAGGGAGUAAAAGCCGAGCAGAUAAACAAAGCAGCUGGUGAAGCCCAAGCUUUAUUGUCUGUCGCAGAGGCCAAAGCCAAAGCCAUUUGCCUUCUGUCUAAUGCCCUAGCUGAACAGAACGGAAACGCGGCGGCCUCCCUGAGUGUGGCUGAACAGUACGUGUCUGCUUUCUCCAACCUUGCCAAACAGUCCAACACCGUCCUUCUACCUUCCAAUGCGGGGGACAUCAAUGGAAUGGUUGCACAGGCCAUGAGCAUUUACGGUACGCUAGCCAAGCAAAGGCCAACAGUGCAGAACACUAUGCCUGAGACGGCGGUGGAGGAAAAGAGUGAAGAAGUGGCCCAGUAGCAGGACACCCUAAAGUACUCUAAGCCUUAACAGACACAGGAUUAGAUCAGAAGGAAGCAUUAUAAGACUGGGGUCUCAUGGCUAGCUGUUUGAGACCUGUCAAUUUCUGGUGCAAAGGACACAUAUUACAGUAUCUGCUGCGGAGAACAGGAUGUUGACACUGAAGGACGGGGUGGGUUCUUGAUAAACUGAAGGAAUGAAGCCUUGGAGGUCUUGGGACAUAAUGUUCUGCUAUUAAAUGGGGCAAAAGCAACAUAGAAUAGACCUUCUCUGUUUAAAAGGAUAUCAGCUGUCGGUAAUGUGUACCGUUGUGAAUGUUAUCGUUUUGUUUUUCUUAAUGUGAUUUCAAUACAUCUGAUAGAAUGAGGGGAACACCAAGCAGUGCGGCAUCUGGACACUGCUUGGCGUCCUCCUCACCACAUUCUUAAUAUAUCUUACAAUUCCAUUAUGAUUCUGUUAUGCUCUUUCUAUGUUGUAUUCUGUAAACUGUGUACACACAACAUCUGUCCGUCGUGGGAGAGAGAUCCCUCAUCUGUUGCUCUCCCUGAAGUUUCUUCCUAUUUUUUCUCUCUGUUAAAGUUUUUUUUUGGGGGGGGGGGGGUUGUUCCUUAUCUGAUGCAAGGGACUAAGGACAGGCUGUUGUAUGCUGUAGAGCCCCCUGAGGCGAAUCUGUGAUAUUGGGUUAUACAAAUAAAAUUGACUUGACAGUUGUAUGUGAAUGACUUGUCAGUUUUUUUUUUUCAUUAUUAUUAUUGGACUAAAUCUAAAUCCACCCAUGAUGAAACAGACCCAUGGUAUUUGGGGAAAACCUGUUGGUUGUGGAGGACAGGAUGAAACAAGAUCCUGGGGACUAAUGGGUUUGUGGACUUUUGUGGGGUCACUUAUUGUUGGGGGUUUACAUUUGGCACUGGACAAAAAAAUAAUAAAUUGGUUGUUAUA